AUGGGCGGCGCCGAUUGCUUACCAUCAGGUGGCAAACGAGCAGACGGAUCACCUGAUGGAAAGCGAUCGGCGCCGCCCAUGGACAUCCGCAACACCAGAGGAGUCACAGUUUUCUGUACUCAAAAUCAUGGGUACCUCCAACUGGGCAACAUCGUAUGGUUUGGUACCACCGCAGCUUUGGCCUGGGAACUGCCAACUGACCCUGGGGCUUUUGACAUGUUCAAGGACCUUAAGGCUUACCAAGGUCAACGAAGACAGGACAUUCUUUAUUAUGUAGAUGAAGAUGGCAAAAUUGUUGACAAGGUUGAGUAUAAAAGAAAGAUAUUAAUAAACCCAGCUUUAGCAAAGAGAAGUGUCGAUGCAGCGGAAAGAAAUAAAAGAAACAUCACAAAGUUCAAUAUAAAGGAAAUGCAUAAGUUGCAGGAAAAUAAAAUGCUCUUCGAGAAUUUAGAUGCAACAAGAAUUGAGCACCAUAGAACCGAGAGACAGGAAAUUUAUGCAAAACUGGAAAAGUUUUUGCAAACGUUAGGUUUGGACGGCAAAGAGUGCAUCUUGAAAAUGCUGUGUGUGACAGGAAAGCAGAGAAGCAAACAGGCGUCGUUUGUGGCAGAGAUUCUACGGGCCGUGUUUACAUUACCAAAAGUCCCUGACACCAUGUCCAAAGUUCAUAAGCACUAUCAUGAUGCCCCAGGGUCUAAUGGAGACUGUUCUGUACUGUACCCAAAAUGUGAAGCCAUUUCUAUGGAGUAA